AUAAGAGUUAAGAACUUUAAAACGUCUCUACAAUAAAUAAUAAUUUAUUAUAAUAUUUAAACAAAAAAGAAGAAUACAGUUUUAAAGUUAUCCUAUGUACUAUUUGAGUUUCCAGAAGCUUGAGAGCCUUGGGAUUUAGAUAUUAAAUCGAGGUUCCUAUCCAGGAUGCUAUGGAACGGGAUAUUUUUUUGUGCUUGCGGGUUUCUAGUAUCAGUGACAGGUGUACCUGAUUCACGAGUUGUUAAUAUACAUCAGGGGCCUGUAAAAGGUUACAUGGCACCAGAAGGUGGCGUCUUUGUGUUCUAUGGUAUACCAUAUGCUACGGCACCAACCGGACCCCAAAAAUUUAGGCCACCUCUACCGCCUCCUACCUGGACGACUACAUUUGAAGCUGUUCAAACAAACAUUAUCUGUCCACAAAAUCUUGCCCUAACUAAUUACGAAGGCGAGUUUAUGAUGCAAGAAGACUGUCUUAUUGCUAACUUAUACGUCCCUGAUACAGAAGAAACAAAUCUUCCCGUACUUGUUUAUGUCCAUGGAGGGGCAUUCCAAUAUGGAUACGGUUCAAAAAGAGCACCAAUACAUUUAGUUCAGAGCAAGAAAAUAAUAGCUGUUAAUUUCAAUUAUCGUCUUGGAGCCCAUGGCUUCCUAUGUCUUGGUACAGAAGAUGUACCCGGCAAUGCUGGUAUGAAAGACCAAGUUGCAUUACUCCGAUGGGUGCAAAAAAAUAUUGCACAGUUUGGUGGCAAUCCAAAUGAUGUUACUAUUAAUGGAUGCAGUUCUGGAGGUGCAUCUGUCGAUCUUCUGAUGAUAUCUAAGAUUGCAAAUGGAUUGUUUCACAGAGUUAUACCAGAAAGUGGAUCCAAAACUGCCCCGUUUAGUGUACAAGUCGAUUCCAUUGCAAACGCAAAAAGAAUUGCCAAAGAGUUGAACUGUAGCACAGUUGAUGAUAUUGAUAAUUUAGAAAAUUUCUAUAAGACAGCUCCAUACGAGAAAUUGUAUGAAAUUGACUUGGGAAAUGAAAAGGAUACUUCCAUUGUUUUUUUGCCUUGUAUUGAACGUGAUAUUGGCGAUGAAAUGUUCCUAGAUGAUGAUCCAGUAAAUAUUAUAAAGAACGGUGAAUACACCAAAUUGCCAAUGCUAUAUGGAGUAACUGAUAUGGAAGGUAUUUAUAGAAUGAAUAAUUUUGAUAAUUGGAAAGACCAGAUGAACAUAAACUUUGCUGAUUUUAUUCCGGUGAAUUUAAAGUUUUCUAACAUGGAAGAAAAAGAAGAAGUUGCACAAAAAAUAAAAGAAUUUUAUUUUGGGAAUGAAACAAUCAAUGAAGAAAGUGUGCUAGACUACGUCAAAUACUUUUCGGAUGUUAUGUUUGGUUAUGGAACUGCAAGGAGCGUGAAAAUGCAAGUCGAAGCGGGCAAUAGCCAAAUAUACUUGUACGAAUAUGCAUUUGUAGAUGAUAGUGAGGAUUAUAUUCCUUACACAAAUAUCCGUGGGGCUGAUCAUUGCGCACAGGCGCAUGCAAUAUUAUAUUUAGGAGAUGAAAGUAAGCUAUCGCAAGAAUACAAAAAUAUGAUGUCAGUUAUGAGAGACCUCUGGCUUAAUUUUAUCACAACAGGAAAACCGGUUCCAGAUGGUUCGAAGUAUCCAGCCUGGCCGCCUGUAGGAUAUAAUCGGUCUCCAUACAUGUCCAUUAAUGGCACUCUUGCACUGAAAACUCAGUUCCUUGGAAAUCGUGCACCUUUCUGGGAUGAAAUAUAUGAGAAACAUUAUGCAAAACCAGAAUUUUGAAUUUUUAUAAGUACUCAAAUUUUUUGAUACAAAUUAAAAAAUUAUAAUUUA